AUGGAGGUCCGAAAGCCGUAUCUACAACGUGCUGAACCAAACUCAACACAAAGUCCGAUCUUCAACUACUACCAAAGGUCAUUGGUUACAAACAACGGAAUACCCAUUGCAAUGGUCACAGAAAAGACCUCGCCUCGUACAUUGGAAUUAUUCCAAACCACGCCAAGACUUCAUGCAACCAAUGCGGCGGAUGCUCAAGGCGUGCCUGGACCUCCUGAUGUUCAUGGCGUCGUCACGUCAGCCUUUGAUCCCCUCCUUGGAGAAGGGAUGAUAACUCUGAAACCUCUCUGGGCCGUGACAUCGAAUAAAAAUUUCAUCUUUACGCUUGGAAACGGGACACGGACGGCAAAUUUCGACUUUGCUGACGGCGUGAAAACCAUUUCAAAUGGCGAGCUCAGAAACUUCGACCCCGUCUUCGCGCCUCGAAAGUUCAAGCUCUCUAGGAAAACGAAGAUAACCAUGCUGAGCGGCAACAUCACAACGUGGAUCCCAUGGACAUCUACCAAAGCCCCUUUUUUCACAGACCAGAGUCGAAAUCGUUCCCUCGCGAGAGCGAUCGAAGACCUUGCCACGAAUGCAACACUCAGCAUGAUAACUUUCGCGGACCUGACUUCUCCCAAUGCAACGACAGCACAAGUAGUAUUUGCAUCCACACACAACGUCCCCGUCUACAAGCCGCUCUUGCUUCUCUUGCCCUACGAUAUCGCGCACCUGCUCACCAUCCCGAGCGUCCGUCUCGGACUUUAUACAUUCCACACCAACGGCUUGGCGCAGAGCACUUACUUCUCUGCGAUCAUUGCCACGACUAGGAAGCCAGGACUUGACGUCCUGUCAGACUGAGGGAACACUUUCUCUCUUGACAGUGAAACUUCAAAACUUGGAUUGAGAUUUGGUGAGGUUGUCAUUGGAAUGAAGGGUGAAAGGGCAACGCUUGGAAUGGCGGAUGAGUUGACCCAGUUGAAGAAAGGGAAAAUUUACAGGUAGCCAUAUAUUUCAAAUCAUUAAACAGAAAAUUGAGUCCGGUUGAAUAAGAC